GUGUUUCCGCCGUCGGACAGUAGCAAGAUGGCGGCGGGCGGCAGUGGAGAAGAUGCGUUUCAGACCUUCUACACAGAGGUGAAGCAGAUCGAGAAGAGAGACUCUGUUUUGACGUCUAAGCAGCAGAUCGACCGGUUACUGCGACCCGGAGCCUCCUACUUCAACCUCAACCCAUUUGAGGUGCUUCAGAUCGACCCCGAUGCCACAGAUGAGGAGCUGAAGAAACGCUUUCGGCAGCUCUCCAUCCUUGUUCACCCGGACAAGAAUCAGGAUGACCCAGAGCGCGCGCAGCUGGCCUUUGAAGCGGUGGAUAAGGCCUACAAGAUGCUGCUGGACGGUGAUCAUAAGAAGAAGGUGUUGGACGUGAUUCAGGCAGGGAAAGAGUACGUGGAGCACAUGGUGAGCCAGAAGAAAAAGCAGCUAAAGAAGGAUGGAAAGCCGAUCAUCGUGGAGGAAGACGAUCCAGAGAUGUUCCGGCAGGCGGUGUAUAAGCAGACGAUGAAGCUCUUCGCUGAGCUGGAGAUCAAGAGGAAAGAGCGGGAGGCCAAGGACAUGCAUGAACGGAAGCGGCAGCGGGAGGAGGAGAUCGAGGCGCAGGAGAAGGUGAAGCGCGACCGCGAGUGGCAGAAGAACUUCGAGGAGACGCGUGACGGCCGUGUGGACAGCUGGAGGACCUUCCAGGCCAAAGGGAAAACCAAGAAGGAGAAGAAGAACCGCACCUUCCUGAAGCCGCCUAAAGUCAAGAUGGAGCAGCGCGAGUGACACACACACACACACACACACACACACACACACACACACCUCUGUACAGAACCCUGACAAUGAUGAUGAUGAUGCUGAUGAUGAAGAGCAGCAGUGUUCUCCUGUAGAUCAGACUCUGAGCUGCUCCUGCCUCUUCUUCUUCUUCUUCUGUUGUAGUUUUUAUAUUGUGAACAAUUAAACCCUGUUGAGUCCA